AUGGACCAUAUAAGUCAAGAACGUGGUGAAAUGACAAUGCUGUACGACCUACUCUUUGCUUUUCUCCAGUCUGGAAAAUACAAAGAAGCCAGGAAGAUCAUUGAGACACCAGGAAUGCGAGCUCGUCCUGGAAGACUGCAAUGGUUUGCUGAGAAAUGCAUUGCUGGAAACCAAAUGGAAGCUUUGGAAAACUUGGUGGAAUUGACCCAGAAACUUUUUGAGUGUGACAGAGAUGAGAUGUAUUUCCACUUGCUAAAGCUUUGCAGGGAAAAUAACGAUUGGAAGAAGGCAGACUCUGCCUGGACUAAAAUACAAGAAGAAAAUGUAAUUCCUCGGGAGAGGACAUUAAGGUUGUUGUCAGAUAUCUUUAAGAGGAAUAGUCAAGAAGUGCCCUUUGAAGUUCCAGAGGUAUUGUUGUUAUUUUUGUAUGGGUUUUUUUGGAGGGAAGGGAACAUUGAGGAGGUUGAAAAUUUCAACUUACUGCCACGUUACUUAUAA